UAAGAGAGUCCAUUUCAGUUUAGCCUACCUGUAGGUCAGUCUUAGAGUUUGUCUCUUUUGAAACAGGCCGGUGUGAAACGUCGAUUUGUGCGUGCGGUUACAUAACGUUGGUUCAAACGCUGGUUAAACGUUGGUUAGUUGAAGCGUGCGUUCGUGUGACAUUCACGGUUUGCGUGUGUGUGCGCGUCUAUUUUUGAGUUGUGCGUGUUUGAAAAUUGUACGCGAUCAGUCUCAGUUUGUGUAGGUGACAGGUUGCAGUUAAAUUGUUGUUGUCCUGAAAUUGGUGUAGUCGUAUAUUGGUGAUAGCCUAGGUGAUAACAGUGUGUUUUCGGCAGAUUUUGUAUUAGAAGAUUUCGACGCUACUCCACAAUCUCUCACAUGGGGAUAUCUUGCCUAUAAAAUUUACGAAAUCCAACCAAAUUUCAAAUUAUAAAUCCAGUUAGUCGAAGAUAUCAAGACUAAAUCUUACUUCUUACCUGAUUCAUUGUCUAAAUGAUUCCCGAGAAUACUGGAAACUACUAAUAAUCAAAGUGGAAGAUAACCUCCUUGUCUGAAUAUUAUUGUCGGGAAAUUCUUUAUUUCAGCAAUCAUUGAUAUUCGUAGAUAAACAUUUAUGAACCAAUAAUUAUCUCACUGAAUAGUAAGUACUACUAAAUAUUUUCUAAAUUAUUGCAUCAAAUUCUCUAGAUUGAAUACAUCUAUCUAGUCAAGUAUUUUAUAGCAAUAUCCUACUGUGUGAUAAACACUGAAUAAUAUGCUCUAGAAUAUUGGGUUGAAUAUCCAGUUGAGAAGUUCAUAUUUUUCAAAAAUGUAGCCCCCCAAAUCUCACCGUAGUGACAAUGCUAGUGACCUCCUCAGGAAUGACCUUGACCUCCCUCCUACUUGUUGUGACCUUGACUUUCCGCCACCUUGGGCUGACCUUGGGAUCGGACUGGGAAGAACUGUGUGGAGGCGUACUGACGGAACCGCGAGGUGUCAUCCAAACUCCCAACUUCCCCCAUGCCUUUCCCGUGCCAAUCAAAUGCAAGUGGGUGAUAGACACUAGUGGGUUACCUUCCAAUACUACGGUAGUAGUUUACCUGACUCAGUUGUUCGUGACAACCGGUCUUACGUUUACUGAGUCAGUUUAUUACGAUGGAGAUAAUUCUUUCGGGGGUAAGGUUGUUCACACUGUAACCGAAAAAAAUAUAAAAUCCUCGCUUUGGUUAAGCACGAAUCUCCAGUAUUUGGUGGUAGAUUUUGAGUUGGAUCAGCUGGAAGGGAAUCAUGUGCGGGCACUAGAUGGGUUGUUGGAUGUGUACGGGUUUAAUAUCACUUACGAGGCACGGAGCGACGUGGAAGACGCCGUGAGGACCCCGUUUUGUAACGUGGUGGCGUGUUCCUAUGAGGGGCAUUGCUAUGGCAACGGAAAUCUCACGGAAUACAGCUGUUCCUGUUUCCCAGGAUUUUCGGGAAGCGACUGCGGCCAGGGACCUCUCUGCCAGGCAGAUCGCAAUGUCUGCCUCAACAACGCCACCUGCAGGCAUGUUGGAGCCAAUCUGGUAUACUGUAGCUGUCCUCCUGGAUUCACUGGGACAAGAUGUGACGUCAUCAUUCCAUCUGAGUCAUCAGAAGACGAAUGCUUGGAGUCUGAUGGUAAAUCGUGCGUCUACCAAUGCCCCUAUCAUGAGGAACAGACACCUUGCGCCUGUACUGAUGGAAUGACACGGGCGCCAACAGAGAAAUCCAGAUACCAGAUCACGAUUCAACUGGCGACUCAACCUGGUUUCGAAACAGUGGAGAAGUUCAUCAAUUCUUUCGAAGCACAAACUCUUCAGUAUCAACUUGAAAACCAGAUAUUGGAGUAUCUCAGCAGACGGAUCUCCAAGAUUGAUGAAUUGAGGAUCAUGAGCAUAUCAACAGAAGGCGAAGUGAUGUUGCACUUUUUCGGGGGCAAAAACGAUGGCCGGAAAGUGAGAGUGGCUGUAAACGAGUUGGUCGAGAAGCGUCACCUGGGAAAUAUCACCUUUGUUUCCACCAAGAUGGCUUUCAAGCAGGAGCCUACCCUGCUGCUUAAGACAGUGGAAGUGAACACGAAAAGUCCAGUGGUGAGGUAUGGUGACGAGUUCAUAUUGUCGUGUAUUGCCCAGGGUUCAUCCUACAUGACAUUCAGGUGGCUCAAAGAUGGGAUUGCUAUCAAUGAAGACAAAUCUGUCAGGAACAUUUGGACGAAACUUCUGCAGAAGGAUUCUCAAGACCAGUACACGGCUCUGUUGUCGAUCAAACAGGCCGAUGAGCUGGACCGAGGCAGAUACACGUGUCACGUGACCGAUUGGGGUCAGCAGCAGUGUCACCAUAUUGACCUUGAGGUCAUUCCCCCGCCAUUGGUCAGGGUGCAGCCCAUAACCAUCACUGCGCAAAAGGGCCAAGACUUGAAGAUAGUGUGCAUGUGGCCUAUAGAACGCGCAGAUUUGGAACAGGUGUACGGCUAUUCGUGGCUGAAAGAGACCAGAGACUCCAAGGAGGCACACCUCUUUAAAAUGAGACACAACUAUGAGGUAUGGGAGGAUCUACAUCCUGCCGGCAGUAUAUUGCGAGUUUAUAACAUACAGAAAAGUACGAGAUACACAUGCCAAGUACAAUCGAACGUAAGUCCGGUUAACGCUAGCGUCGAUGUGGAAAUCCUGAACAAAGCGGCCGUACCCUGGUGUCGAUCUGAAAAACACUUCUACCAGGACGGACUGCCAGCAGCUAACUACCUGCAAGUUCUACCAGGAGCUAACUAUCAGGAUGUGAUGAAAGGAUCCGGCUCAGUCAUAAAAUGGGAAGAAGUGGGUGCCUGGGGCGUAGCCAGAGCGGAGUGCCCCCCUCGCUACCAGGGCGUCAGCACCCGAAUGUGUGCCUUGGGCGCCAAACCAGGCAGUGCACAUUGGUUAGAGCCGGAUUUUAGCCGCUGUGUGUCUGAGAGGUUUGGCUUCAAGGCCCUAACUUUGGGUUACCAGAACACAACAGGUACUGAGACCAUAUCUGGCAUCCUGGGCUUAUUGAGAGACAAAGAGCGUCUCUACAGGGGCGAGGCCGAACCUGCGCUCUCUCUCUUGCACAACAUCAGCUGGUUCCUCAACUUCACCGCUGCUUGGAAUGAUCUCAUUCGAGCGACUCCGUUCUUCUUUAGCACUAUCAACACUGUGCUUCAAAGGAGGGAGGCGAUUAUCAAUGCAAAUAGGAUAGUGGACCUGCAAAAACUGGUCGCUGAUUGGACAUUGGCUUGGGCGAAACACUCUCAUCCCAUCGGCUCGGAUCCAACUAUGACUCUAGACUCCCUGGUUGUCGAUGUAUUUUCAUAUGAGCACUCAGCCCAACAGCCUCUGGUUGUCUUCAACCUACCACGCUCCACACAUAGGAGCCCUACCUGUGCUGACGUUGCCAUCAACAACCUGUCAUUUUCUUGGUGCUGCAGUGACGGGGCAGGCAGUGAACUGGAGUACGAGGUUGCAUCCAAUGUUGUGCAACUUGUUGCAUCGACCUCGCAACAUGUUGCAUCACCCGUGCAACAUGUUGACCUGCGACUUGAGACUAGGAUGCGGCACGGAUGGAGUGUGGCAUGCGGCAUGUUGCAACCGGGUGCAACCGAGUGGUUGCUGGAUGAUGCAUGCAAGUUGGUGCAACAUGUUGCAGGGGGGAAUGUGACGAGGUGUCAGUGCAGACAGACGGGCACUUUUGCGGCGGUUAUCACUAAAUCGGCUGCACAGGCAGACAAACGGCCCUACCCGCAAACCCACGGUGUGGUACUGCUGGGAUGCGUCUGUUGCACAGUGCAAGCCCUGUUCACAGUCAGCCUGCUUCUCAUCAGGUUCUACCACUCUCCCUCGUGUCUCAUGUUCCUCAAGAUACAGUGCUGCUCAGCUGUGACUGCUGCUAUGGCUGUCUUCUUCUCCGCUAAUAGCUUUCAAAAGAGUUCUUACCUGUACAUAGUAACCUGCCUGGAAGGGUUCCUUUUGUUUGGUAUGUCCUCACAUCUCAGCAAAUUACUCCUAGUCUACACUGAGAUCGUAUCCUUACCAAAGAUACCCAACAUCAAGCUCACUGUCAUAUGCAUCAUCAAUGGUUUCACGAUAAUUGUAGUGCUGUGCACCUAUCUAGUACACAACUCCUUGGAACGAAGUGUGACGUCAUGGUGGUUGGUUAAAGACAGUCUCGUGUACCAGUUGUGCUCAGUCGGCGGACUUCUUCUAGCCGCACUCUUUAUCCUGCUCUAUCUUGUGGUGAUGCGACGUUUAGCACAACUCAUCAACUGCAAGAAAGUCAGUCAGGAGUCUGUCAAAGCUAUCCGCAGAAGGGUUGGUCUGCUGAAGAGAGCAGCGAUAAUAUUCAUGACAAUAUUUUUGAUGACAGUGGCCAGCAUUUUCUAUGUCAACUACCCAGGUCUUCUUCCACAGUAUGCCUUCAGCUUAUCUUGUGCCUUGUUGGGAUUCGUUCUCCUCAUUUGCUACGUACUCCACAGUGAGUCGUCUCUCCAUUUUCAUCUACUUCACAAGUUGGGAGCUGACGUCGCCUACAGUUCUGCAUCUGACAGUAAUAUACUGAGUUUUUUCACCAAACAAGACGGCGAAACUGAAAGCGAGGCAGCCCCCCCAAUCCAAGAUGGCGGCUGCAGUGGGAGAGGGGUGGGUGAUGUUGAGAGUGCCCAGCUUCUGGAAGCACUCCCCUUUCCCCCAUCAUCCAACACCUCAUCACAGACUGAUGGAUCAACCAAUGGCAGGACGCCGAAGAUGGUCAAAUUUCAAUCGGAUUAUGUUCCAGUCGGUGAACCCGGCACCGGAGACCCCAUCACAGAUCAUCACAGCUCACAGAAACCACCGGCACAAUCACAACCUGUGACGUCACCCGCCUGUGACGACCAAUCGCAGCCCAGAGAGCAAUGGCAGUUUGUGCGCACUAGCUACAGCCAGACUCCAGGUAGCGAUUACAUCCAAACCAUUCCCGGUCAACAGGAAGUUGUGACAACAAGGGUUUGUGUAGAACUGGGCGUAAUUACAAACGGUGACAAAUGUGACAACAGUGUAGAUGUGCCUUCUAUCGUUGUGUGUAGUGUUGAUGUUGAGCCAUGUCCCGGGAAAGUUGUUGAAUUGAGUGAGGUUACUGUCAAAACUAUGGGGGAACUGAACGGUGGUAGUCUACCAAUGGAGCCUACAGUUGAAUAUGUGAAUAGUAACAACAUUACCCGAAUGGUCACAUCAGCUGAUCAAGGUAGUAGUCCAUCUAGGUCUACAAAAUGUAACAAUGUCACAAAAACAGGUGAUAAUAUUGAGAUGUCAAGGUUAGGAAACAUGAAACAAGCUGGUGAUCCAGAAUUCUCAAGAUUAGGAAACAUGAAAACAGCUGGUGAUCAUGAGAUGUCAAGGUUAGGAAACAUGAAAACAGCUGGUGAUCAUGAGAUGUCAAGGUUAGGGAACAUGAAAACAGCCAGUGAUCCAGAAUUCUCAAGGUUAGGGAACACAAAAAAAGCUGGAGAUCUUGAGAUGUCUAGGUUAGGAAACACAAAAACAGCUGGUGAUAUUGAGAUGUCUAGGUUGGGAAACAUGAAAACAUCUGGUGAUCUUGAGAUGUCUAGGCUAGGAAACAUGAAAACAGCUGGCGAUCCAGAAUUUUCAAGGUUAGGGAACACAACAGCAGCUGGUGAUCUUGAGAUGUCUAGGUUAGGAAACAUGAAAACAGCUGGUGAUCUUGAGAUUUCUAGGUUAGGAAACACAAAAACAGCUGGUGAUCUAAACAAAGAGACAAUUGUUACAGCUGAUUCGGAAAUGACGAGGUUAGGGGCUACGACUGAACCACCUGAUAACAGUGAUAUGUUUGAUAGGAUCACGCAUGACCUUGACUACUUGCUCAAUAGGACUACACAGCAUGACACGAACGGUAAUGAGAGUUCCACAGUGAUUACCCCUAUUCAAAGGUUGCCACCCUUGUUAAAGAUAAUCGAGGAGGAUGAGUUAGGGAAUAACACUGUCGGGCAGACUGGCGUAAUUGCCAAAACUAGUUUAUAACCAGAAUUAAAUAUGGAGUGUUACAAAUAUUUGUGUGUUUUUGAAGGGUCUCUCCUCCUAUCUUCGAUAUGGAUUGGUUCUAUGUGAGCAUAGAGAAAAGAUAGCAUAAGAAGAUAUCCCAUGGUAUAGGGCGUUUAUGUUGCAAAUUUUCAUUGUCAACUCAAGCUGAUAGUCAUAUAUAGUGAGGUCCACGAAUCCACGUUAUAAUGACAGUGGAGAUAACAGUGGAGUUCUAAUAACAGAACAACGUUGACGAUCAUCUGUCUUGUCAUUGCCUUCUAUAGACGGUAGCUGUUAAGGUGCGUACAGAUAUAUGCGCCGCGAAAAUAAGCAAUUCACUUUUAAUCAGCUGACUAUAUAUGUAUUUUUACAGAAACGGUAAGAUACAGAUAUAAAAAGCUUGGCAUCAGCUGAUCAAAAGUGAAUUGCUCAUGUUCGUGGCUCGUAAAUCUGUACGCACCUUUACAGGUUUAUUGAUGUAAUAUAAACUGUUCAUUCUCGUUUAAAAUAAUCAAUCAUAUUUCAUUAAGCAAGACAUUAUAUUUUUCAAUAAUAUCAUAAUGAAGUUCUAUUAUUAAGAUUAAAUUUGUGGUUGAUGAAUCAUUAAUUCUACAUUGUUAAAAGACGUUUUGGCAACAGAGUAAAGCAAGAAAGAGAUAGCGCUAUCUGCUUUGUUGAAUGAUAGACAAGGUUAGCAAUACCAUUCCUAAUCAAACACUGCCAUUAUAACGUGGACCGCACUAUAGUAUUUGUUUUUGGUGAAGCUAUGUGACGCUGGUAGUUUCUCAUACUGUGCCGUUCUUACACUCUCACCCCAAUAAUACAGUGAUAAUAGACAGAAGUCGACAAUAAUCUGCUUGGGUUGACAAAAAUCGGUUUGAAAUUUGUGACAUGAACGACCUAUAUACCAUGGGAUAUCUUCUUAUGCUAUAUUUUCUUUAUGGCCACAUCAACUAUCUCAAUAUACAUGGAAUGAGUAGUAUUUUAUCUGUUUAAGGCUACUUGUAAUAUGAAUAGAAAUAAAAAUAUCAGUACCCUUUUUUAAUUAUU